UAAAGAUGCUUCAACUGCCGUUCCACUGUGACUUUAACAUUAAGUUGUAAUGUACUCCAUGGCAAACUUUGGCCACACCUAGAUCCUGUCCCAUUUCAACAAAAAAAAUAACACAAGAAACAGGCUUUUUUUCUCCCUCUUCUGGUGCGUUUGUUUGUGUGACGGCGCGUCCCGGCGGUGUAACCGGAGAGGGGCCUCAGAGAGGGAAUGCAGGACUGCAAUGGAGCACAAUGCAAUACAGUGGUUGGGUGCCCCCUCCUGCCAGCGAGGCAGCUACGCCUUCUAUAAGGCCGUGAGCAGCAGAGCCCAACCCGAUGGGCCCGCCAAGGUGUGGAAGCUCGGGGAGUUUUACCUCAUCCGCUGUGGGCCGCAGGACCCCGAAUGCAUCGCAGAGGUGACCUUACUGUGGGAGGACCAGGCACGACGCCACCUGCUGGCCAGCGCCCGACUCUACUUCCUGCCUGAGGACACGCCGACGGGGCGGACCAGGGAGCACGGAGAGGAUGAGGUUCUUGCGGUGUCCAGGAAGAUGGUGGUGCGGGUGGAGGACCUGGUGCGGUGGGCGGGUGCAGAGUCGGCGGCUUGGAGCAGCGGCAUGAAGCCGGCGCCCUGCGGCACCGACGGCAGCAGCGAGCGCCUCGGAGACAAACCCGAGAGCGACCCGGCGAAGCGCCAGGGCAUCCGGGUGCUCAGCUACCCGCAGUACUGCCGCUUCCGCUCCCUGCAGAGACGCAUCCAGCACGGAGCCAGGGGCCCGGUGCUGCAGGACCCCCACCUGCUGGCCCUGGGGGGCGUGAAGGCGCUGCCCCACACCCGGCUGAUGUACUGCAGGGACACCUUCAACCACCCAACGCUGGAGAGCUCCAGCUUCUCCUGGCAGUUCAGAUGUCCGUCUCUCAGUCUUCGAGGGCGACCUCGCAAGAGGAGAGGCCGGGACGGCAAAGACUCCAACUCCAGUCAAUCGGAGUCCUGGAUUGACAGGAUGAAGGAAAACGUGAUGGGCAGUGUGGAGGUUGGCUGUGAGGGCAGCUGGCUCCCCGACCCCGAAGAGCAGCUGUUCCUGGACCAGCUCUUCGCCUUCAUGGAGCGCCUCGGCUCGCCCAUCAACAAAGUCCCCAACCUCGGCUUCAAGAAGAUUGACCUCUUCCUCAUGUACUCUGUGGUCAAGCGGCUUGGUGGCUACAAAAGGGUGACGUUGGACCGUCUCUGGAAGAUAGUCUAUAACGAGCUGGGAGGAUGCCCCGGCAGCACCAGUGCUGCUACCUGCACCCGGAGACACUACGAAAGGCUGAUGCUUCCUUACGAAGAGCACCUCGGAGCAGGAGGAGCAGGAGAAGCAGGAGAAGCCGAAUUCAAAAUCCCUGAAUCCCCGACGCCUCUGAAGCCCCGAGGGAUUCGAGGAAGGAAACCACUUCAGAGAGGCAGGAAACCAGGACUCAAAUCCAAGGACAAGAAGGUGCCCCCCCCUGCUGCUAUGGUGAACCCAGCUGGCGGCGCGGCGGUGAAGAGAGGCCGAGGCCGGCCGCCGGGAACGCGCAACAAGGCCACGCUGAUCGCUCAGGCCAAGCUGGUGGCUCAGCAGCAGGCCAAAGCCAAAGCAGCAGGAUCAUCAUCAGCAGCAGCAUCAUCAGCAGGAGAGUCCACGCAGCAGAGUCCUCUGCUUCCAGCCCGGAGGGAAGGAGCACCGACGGCCAGCAGCGCGCACAGGCCCGUCCACCAGGCCGUCCUCCCUGCCAACAUGCCCCUCACCCCCGACCUCUCCCCCAUGUCCGCCCCCUUCCUCCCCUUCCUGCCCAAACCGAAGGAGCUGAAGCCGGACCGAGGGGAGCCCGCGGCCGCCGCACCGGGUGUGCUCCUCUCCACUCUGCCCCGUCACUUUGUGGGUGGGUCCCUGGGGGGCUUCAGCCCCAUCAAAGGGGUCUGUCCUCUGGACGUCUUAAGGAACCGCGGCAGCCUGCAGAGGGGCCCGGAGAGCCCGGCCUCGACGCCUCAGGACCCGACCGGCUACACACUCCAGCCCAAAAGCGGAAGCCCGGACACGCCUCAUCCCGGCGGGGACCAGCUUCAGCCGCUGCUCCACCUGCAGCACAACCACUGCUCGGGGUGCAACGGGGACGAGGCGGCCCAGAGAGGGGGCAUUCGGGACGCUAGGAACCGGCCCCCUCUGCCCCCUCUCCGGGUCCUGCCCUUGAACCUGGACUGCAGCGUUCAGGUGUGCCAGCUGAUGAGGACUCGCCUGGGCUCGUCUCAGUUCCAGACCUUCACGCGGCGACUGUCCGAGGCCCUGUCCCAGGACCUGAGCACCAAGCCCCCCUGUUCCCCUAUCACCCCUCCCCCCGAGCAGGCGUUGCCCCUCAACCUCAGCAAACGCUUAACGGCAAAGAGGGCCGGCCCAGAGGGGACGGAGACCGGCUCGGCAGCGAUCGGCGGCGGCGCAGAUCAACCGCCAUCCAAGAGGCCCAGAACCGGCUGCACGGAGCAAGCCGAGGGCUUCGGCCCGGGGGGGCGGUCCAGCUCCGGAGGGAGUGACGGGGGAGGAGAGCGGGACAACGAGACGGAGAGCCAGGAGGAACCCGCGGACCUGAGCUCCCCGAGCCGGAUCAGGGCCUUCCUGCUCGGGCUGCCACCCUUCCAGGUGAAAUUCGAGGACGAUCUGAACGGGACGAGGUUUGGGAGGUUUCUACCGGCGGCGCCUCAGUCCGAAACCCAGAGGACCGAGACGGAGACCGCAGAGGGCGGCGUGGCGUUAAAGAAAGAAGCAAAGGAGGAGGUGGAAAUAGAGCGGCGUGAAACGGAGAGAAGCAACAAACUGCAGGAGGAGAAGGACGCCGCCCACCUCUCUGGUCCCGGUCCAGCUGAGCUGAAGAGAGCCGGGCCCUGCAGCGCUGACACGCACUGUUUUUAGCGUUCUUCCCUCGCGGAUGUGAGCAUUUUGUGAUCAGACAACCGUAGGGUAAAUUGGGGGAUUUGAGAACCGUUUGAACCCAAAACGUCUCUUUGUCCCCCAUCUUUUGUCUCCUUGCUCUCCGUUUUUUUUCACGUCGUUGAUUGAACUUUGCGGAGGAGCGACAACAGCGAGGCUCAUGACAAUCACACAUUGGUGUCUUUUUUUUUUUCUUCUGUUUCCUUUCUGUCUCUUUAAGGUAAAAAAGAAACAGGAGGAGUGAGACUGUGACUCUUAAACAAACACUGCCAUAACCCUCCAUAACACUAUUAACUCCACCAGUCGAUGUUUUGCUGGAAUAUUGAAUGGGAUCCAUAUUACUUAAAAUGAACAUCUAUUCUAUCUAUGCGUGAUGCUAUGCAUCAAGACUUCAUAAAUUAGCAUAUAGAGUGUACUGUAGUUUGACUAGUUUUUAAAUUGUACGUCUGUAGAGAAAUGGUUAUUUUCUAAAUCGCUUCUCAGUCUUCACAUCAUAGCUCGUUAAGUGAAGCUUUUCUGUAGUCCUGCUCGUUAGAUGAAAUUAUAUAAACUUACACGUAUGUGCCUUAAAUGGCCGGCGACAUGUUUCACCGCCGGCUUCUAAUCCAUUGGGUUGAAGAGAUACCUUGAUGUGGCACCUGUUGGGUUUCCCUUCAUCCUCAGUAGGUCUCCAAAGCUCACCUGAGAUUCUACUUCUUGUAAGAGAUGAGACAACAACUUUUAACAAAAGAAGCCAAAGUCAUCGAAAUGUUUAACUGUCGUCUUAAUACUAGCAGCUGUACUCGUCUUAAUUAAACUGGUAGAAAAACAAUAGAAGUCUUUCCCGAAGACAACGGUUCGAUGCCCAGCCCUGCUGUUCAGGCCGCCUCCAUCGCUACCGCUUCUCCGUCGCUACCGCUUCUCCGUCGCUACCGCUUCUCCGUCGCUACCGCUUCUCCGUCGCUACCGCUUCUCUGUAGCUACCGCUUCUCCGUCGCUACCGCUUCUCCGUCGCUACCGCUUCUCCGUCGCUACCGCUACCCCUUCUCCAUCGCUACCGCUUCUCCAUCGCUACCCCUUCUCCAUCGCUACCCCUUCUCCAUCGCUACCCCUUCUCCAUCGCUACCGCUUCUCCAUCACUACCGCCCUGUUCACCCCAUCAGAAAUCCGCACAGGGAGAUCAAACAUUCAGACUACCUCACGUUUUUUUUUUUUCUUUUUCAAAAAUUUACAAUUAUUUUUUCUCAAAUCCUGAGAGACUCAGUCAACACUUACCACCGUACUUUGAUCUCUUCAGGGACGAAAGUGCCUAAAAAGAAAUAGUCAGAGAGAAAUAACCACGAAUAGCUUUAAACCAGAUUAAAAAGAUCAAAAUACGGUGGAAACAUUUAAAUCUGAUUUUGGUGUGUUUUGUUGUGCCGAGCCGGGCUUUAUCCGCUCUUUAUGCUAAGCUAGGCUAAGCUACGCUACGCUAGAAUGCAAACGACCUGCUGCAUCCACAUGAAUACAUCCACAUACGUGUUUAGAAAGUCAAACCGCAAGCAUUCACCAAAGAACUAGGCGAACCCAGCCGGCUUCCUCCUCGUCUUCAUCUAAAGUGCCAACGCAGAACGCAGACGCCAUCAAGGUAUCCCUUUAACAGCCUCCUCCCACUCGCCUCUGUUGGUUUUGGAUUUGCACACCUGCUGUACCCACGCGCUUCAUUCGCUUCUCCAUAUCUAUGUUUGCCAUGUUUUUACUUGAUUUCUCUGCCAAGGUUUUUUUUUUUUUUUUUUUUUUUUUGUAUUAUUUCACUAGUGGAAUCAACUACGACACCAAAAUUAACUGGUGCUGUUUCUUGUCAGCUGUGUAGCCGUGUUGUUGUUGUCGUUCUUUUUUUUUUUAACGGUUAAAGCUGCAGAUUCUUUUCAUCUCAGCGAGUCUUGACUUGUCUCAAAAUGCCUUUUUCCUGCUUCUGCAACCAGUUCAAAUAUUUCUCACCGGUUUAUUUGUGUUUUGAGUUUUAAGAAAAAAAAAAUAUUUUAAAGAACUCAAUGAAUUCCUUGUAAUGGAAAUAUUUGCAGUUUUAUUCAGAUUUAUAAAGACAUGUGUACUUGGUAGAUUGUCGCUGCAGAGGCACCAAAGCACAUGAAACUCCACCAGGGAUCCCCACACCUCCUGUAGCAAAGGGGAGAGCUGUCAAUAAUGUCUCAGCAUGUUGUUGGUCGUCAUUUUAAUAAGUAACAAGAGGAAUCCGGAUCGAUCCAGCUCACAUCGAGUCUUAUAUAUUUUGGGUCUACCUCCUGCUCCUAAUAUUAAGAUGACGGGGCCUCCGUGUGUCUUUUAAGGGAAACCGUUUGGUCACCUGUUCGAUUCCGCCCCGCGCUGCCACACUCUGCCACUGGGUGGCAGUAAUGUGCCACCAGCGGGGUUUGUGCCACAGGGCUCUUGUGUGUGUGUGCAGUAGUAGGCCAGUUAGCCGGGCAUGCUAACGUUUGUAGCUUACAAUAAGCACACUGUUUAAUGCAGCCCCCCCUGUUUAAUGAAGUGUCCUUUGCGUAUUCGGUAGUAGUCGUCACAUGGGGGACGAUUUUGCAGAAAUAAAGAUGAUAAAACACUUAAUAGGCCAACGGAAAGUUUCCCGCAUAUAUAUAUAUAUAUAAAAAAAAAAGAGGUCAGGAGAAGUUCUUGGUGGUUUUUGUUUUUUGGACCGAGAUCAUUGGGGGAGACGCCCCAGCUAUGAAACCACAAAGCUUUCUCCCACAGUAGUUGUAUGAACACUUUUUUUUUUUUUCAACCAAAUACUCCAUUUAAAUCCUUUCUGUGUGCAAAUUACCGAGUGCAACAGGUAUGAUGUGUUUGUGACAAAGUGGCCCCCGGGCACCGUUCAGUGUGACCUUUGAACUUAUUUCCUUCAGACAAACUCCCAGUUUGCAGACAGACUCUCCUGAACCCGCCCCCCCCCCCUCUCAUGUUUGUCAUUUUUUAUGUUUAAGACAGGCCUCCAACACCUGUGUGUCAUUCUUCUAGUCCCAUAGUUUUUCCUCUUUGGCUUUUAAGUUUGUAAAGGUUUCUUUUCUCCUUUUUCCUUCGGUAAAGUUAACGAUUUGAAUUGUUUACAUUUUGUUAUGCAUGUUCAAACAGUUUGUUAUAUCCAGUGUUUUUGCAUACUGCGUCGGCAUCGGUCUCGAGCGGCGCUACUUAAAAAAAAAAAAAAAAACUAUAAAAAACAAACAAACAACAAAGUGCCUGAUAGUUGGUGGUGGGAUUUGUCAGCCAAUGAACUGGACCCGGCCAGUCAUGUGACUCAUCCGGUCAUGUGACGCAUCCGGUGAGCGACCGUCACGAAGAUAAAUGAUCAAAUUAAAGGGGCCACAUGUGACAUUUUAACAUCCGUGAAUGGACUUUAUUCUAUUUCUCAUAGAAUGUAACCGAUUAUUUUCUUUAACAAACAUUUUAAGAAGUGUUUCUGUAAAAAUGAUUAUUACUGUAAAGAUGAUGAAAGCCAGCCGGUUCAAACACUCCAAACCAGCGAAUUAGACGCCUUUUGUGUAAAGAGUGACGGAGGAAUCUACAUGAUGGCGUCAUUCUUUUAGGGAAGUGAUCCAUUACAUGUGGAUGUUAGACACGCUGCAGGUGGCACCUUUCCACAUCGAAUGUUUCCACCACAUCUUCAAGUGAUCUCAUUUUGAAUCACACGACAGCCUUUACUGUCAUUUAUUUUUUUUGUUAUUUCUUUCCCUCCAAACAAAAGAUGAUCUUUUUUUCUUCUUUUUAAACGUGGCCGACAUGUUUCCUCCUCCCCGUCGGGGGGGGGGGGCGGACCCUCUGCGGUGCAGCGCCGGUCUGCCGAGGCCUCCAUCCACACUCUUGUGUUCUUGCGUUUGUGCGACUUGAGGAAUCGCAGAAGAGCAGCGAGAAAACUCCGCUUCCGAUAUCCUAGUCUCUGUAAGCGGUGAACGGCUGGCAGUAUCAGGUACCAUUCCAUUUCAACACUGUAUAUUUAUAAUAAAAGUAAUCCGUUAACACCUGAA